GUCACAAAAUGCGUAUACGAAGCAGUGAGCGCAGCCGCAGCCCAAGUGUCCAGCAGGGUGCUAGUUCUCAGAGUCAACGUCAGAGACGGCGCCAGAGAGCUCAUCGUCCUAGCCAGAGCGCCUCCUCCGCCCACUCCACCAGACGGAGUCGGAGCUUCUAUCUCCAACAUCAAAGGAGUCAGAGUGCACACAGUAGCUACCAGGAGAGCCCCAGCCCAAGCAGCUCGCAGGAACGCGCACAAAGGCGCAGCAGAAGCACCCGUAAGAGUUAUCGCAAGAGAAGGAGUCACAGCGCCUAUGAAAGGCGGCGGAGCACAAGUUCCCGCUCCAGACGCACCAAAAAGCGCAGCGAGAGCCAGCAGCAGACAUCCGGCCGCCGACAGAGCCAGAGCCCCCGCCGCAGACGUCGCCACUGGUACAGUCAGAGCCCCCAGAGUCCUCGCCAACGACGGAGCAGAAGUCAACACAGAAGACAACGUCGCAAGAAGAGCAAAAGUCCAGAACAGAAGCGCCACCACUGGUACAGCCAGAGUCCCCCUCGCCUAAGACGAAGCCGAAGUUUCCAUCAUACAUUUAGGCACAGGAAGAGUCAAAGUCCCCAUUGGAAGCAUCGACACUGGUAUAGUGAAAGCCCCAAAAGUUCUCGCCAGAGGCGAAGUCAGAGUCAGUUCUACAGACGAUAUUAUAGUCCCCUUCGCAAACAACGUCAGAAACGAAGUCAAAGCCCCAAGAAGAAACGUCGUCACUGGUUCAGCCAAAGUCCCCCUCUGGAUCGUCGCAAAAAGCGAAGCAAGAGCCCCCGCCGUCACAAAAGUCAAAGCCCCCAUCGGAAGAUAAGUCACAAACGUAGCACAAGUCCCCAUCGAAAGACAAGUCAAAAGAGUAAUAUAAGUCCGCAUCGAAGAUACCGUCAUAGAAGCCAUAGCCCCUACAGAAGCCCCCGACAAAGGGAAAGCAAGAGCCCUGGUCAGAAACACCACUGGUUUAGCAGCCAGAGUCCAGAAAGAAGACCUCGUCAACGUAGGAAGAGGAGGAGCCAUCAGAGCUACCGCCAGCGACGGAGUCAGAGCACCCAUCAGAGUUACCGUCAGAGGCGGAGCCAGAGUCCCCACCCCAAAUAUCGUCAUAGGCGAAGCAGAAGCACAGAGAUGAGUCGAAGCCUCAGUGACUAUCAAAGUCGAAGUCAAAGCGUCUAUGAGACCAAGAGUCAAGUCAUAACAAAAACUCAAAGCAAGAAAUAA